CACCAUGAGACGCCAUCAUCAGUGUGUUUGCUGCUGCUACAAUAUCUUCAUUUUAGGACGAAAUGAGACUCAGCGGCUGGUUGUUUUAAUUCUCAGGCUUUACAUGAACAUGUUAGGAAGCGAUCAGACAGUAUUUGAUAAGGAUGGUAGGAUCUGACGAGGAGAAAGGACGGAAAACACAGCGAUUAUCAGCGUGUUCCGCCGUGAAUCGGUGCAGUUUUCAGGCUCUGCUAACAAACAGCAGAAAGCCUCGGAGAUUUCCAGAAGCUGAACACGAAGAGAAACUUGUCCGCUACGGAGCCGCUUCACUGUCGGCCCGCAGCGCAGCUCCAUCAUGGAGAUUUCAGUUGUUUUAUGCCGCCGAGAAAACACAAAGAGAAGCCGUCCUUGUUGCUGCGAGGAGCCCCGGACACGGUUGAGUCUCCACGGUUCUCAUGGUGUGUUUAAGUGCUGCGCGCUGCUCCGGGUUUCUCAUUUCUACUCGGACUGUCGUUGAAUCGCAAACAUAAGAUGGCAGAAGUCGCUCCAGCUCCACCGCCCGUCGCCGCUCCGGCCAAAGCGGCCAAGAAGAAGGCCUCCAAGCCCAAGAAGACCGGCCCCAGCGUCGGCGAGCUGAUCGUGAAAACCGUGGCCGCUUCCAAAGAGCGAGGCGGCGUGUCGGCGGCCGCCCUCAAGAAGGCUCUGGCCGCCGGAGGAUACGAUGUGGACAAAAACAAAGCUCGAGUCAGGACCGCCAUUAAGAGCCUGCUCACCAAGGGAACCCUGGUCCACACCAAGGGUACCGGGGCCUCCGGCUCCUUCAAGAUGGGCAGUAAGGCCGACACCAAGGCGAAGAAGCCCACGAAGAAAGCCGUUGCUAAAACUAAGAAGCCCGUGGCGCCGGCCAAGAAACCCGCAGCGGCGCCGGCCAAGAAGCCCAAGAAAGUAGCAGCUAAGAAGCCUGCGGCUGCCAAGAAGUCUCCUAAGAAGGCCAAGAAGCCAGCAGCCAUCAAGAAGGCAGCGAAGAGCCCUAAGAAGGCGGUCAAGAAGGCCACUAAGAGCCCUACGAAGGCAGCAGUCAAGAAAGCUCCAGCGAAGAAGACCGCUAAGCCCAAAGUCAAGAAGGCAGCAGCCAAAAAGUGAACUCCAUCCCUCACAGACAUCAACUAAACAAAGGCUCUUUUAAGAGCCAACACUUCAACGCAUAAGAACUCAUUCCAUCACUUUUAACAAACUUUAUCCAUGAAGAGAAAUGCCUCUUUCUCUGAUUACGUUGAGUUAGUAUGAGGGCCAUUGUUAAAUUUUGUUAGAAAACAAAUCUUGAAAAUUUUUUUGUUAGUCCUGGUACACUGUUUUAUCUUUCUGUACAUUUUGAAUGUAAUUUACGGGUUGUUUACGCUCAUUGAGAUUUUCAAUGUUGAAACAUUAACUUCGUGUUGCUAUGAUGCAUCACUUGAUGCAGUUUGGUUUUGUAUACAAAUGUAAAUUUUUGUUUUGUGGUUUUGUUUUUGAAAGUCACCCAUCACAGUUCAGCAUGUACGAAAUUUUAGUUCAACAUUUUACUUUAAAAUUGGUACAAAUCACAAAUCCUAUAACUUUCUGGCUUUUUGUGUCAAAGAUUUUAUGUUGAAGAUUUGCAGCUUCGUUAUUUUUGCUCCAUAGUGACGUUUAAAAGAAAAAUGUCAUUAUUCAUGUUUUCUUUUAAGGACGUUGUUUGAAUUGAACAUUUUUGCAAUUACAGUGUAUUUUUACUCCCCUGUUGUAACUUCAGUCAAACUGAAUGUCAGUUUCAGUUUUCAGCGAUAGUUUCUACAUUGUGAAGUUUGGUAUUUUCUGAUGAGUGUUAUAUUUUUAAAUAAAUUAUCAAUUUUG